AUGUUUUACUUUUUAAAUUCAGAUUAUGUGGAUAAACCUUUGGAAAAACCUUUAAAGCUGGUGCUUAAAGUCGGAGGAAGUGAAGUGACUGAACUUUCUGGGUCAGGCCAUGAUUCUAGUUACUAUGAUGACAGAUCAGAUCAUGAGCGUGAACGACAUAAAGAAAAGAAGAAAAAAAAGAAAAAAAAGUCUGAGAAAGUAAAAGAAAAGCAUCUAGAUGAUGAGGAAAGAAGAAAGAGAAAGGAAGAGAAAAAGAGGAAAAGGGAGAAAGAACAGUGUGACACUGAAGGAGAAACUGAUGACUUUGAUCCUGGGAAAAAAGUGGAGGUUGAACCUCCUUCAGAUCGUCCUGUCAGAGCAUGCAGAACUCAGCCAGCUGAAAAUGAGAGCACACCUAUCCAGCAAUUACUAGAACACUUCCUUCGCCAGCUUCAAAGGAAAGAUCCUCAUGGUUUUUUUGCGUCUCCAGUCACGGAUUCCAUUGCUCCUGGAUAUUCCAUGAUAAUAAAACAUCCCAUGGAUUUUGGUACUAUGAAGGACAAAAUUGCAAAAAAUGAAUACAAAUCAGUCACUGAAUUCAAGGCAGAUUUUAAACUGAUGUGUGAUAAUGCAAUGACUUACAACAGACCAGAUACGGUUUACUACAAGCUAGCCAAGAAGAUACUGCACACAGGCUUUAAGAUGAUGAGCAAAGCAGCUCUUUUGGGUGAUGAAGAUACAGCAGUUGAGGAGCCUGUCCCUGAAGUUGUUCCUGUACAAGCAGACACUACCAAGAAAUCCAAAAAGCAAAGUAAAGAAGUUAUUAGUUGCAUAUUUGAACCAGAGGGAAAUGCAUGCAGCCUGACAGAUAGCACUGCUGAAGAACAUGUCCUGGCACUAGUGGAACAUGCAGCAGAUGAAGCUCGGGAUAGGAUCAAUCGCUACCUACCCAACAGCAAGAUUGGUUAUCUGAAAAAAAAUGGAGAUGGAACUUUAUUAUUUAGUGUAGUAAAUUCAUCUGAUCCAGAAGCAGAAGAGGAAGAAACUCACCCAGUGGAUCUGAGUUCCCUGUCAAGCAAAUUAUUACCUGGCUUCACUACACUUGGCUUUAAAGAUGAACGAAAAAAUAAAGUAACCUUUCUUACAAGUGCUAGUACAGCACCUUCCAUACAAAACAACUCCAUAUUUCAUGAUUUGAAAUCAGAUGAAAUGGAACUCCUGUACUCAGCAUAUGGUGAUGAAACUGGGAUACAGUGUGCCUUAAGCUUACAAGAAUUUGUGAAGGACACUGGAAAUUACAGCAAGAAAAUAGUAGAUGAUCUUCUGGACCAUAUCACUAGUGGAGAUCAUUCCAAAACUACUUAUCAGCUAAAGCAGAGGCGAAAUAUCCCAGUAAAAAUGCUGGAUGAAGUUAAAGUUGGAGAAUCUGCUGGAGACAGUAGCACUUCUGACUUGGACUUUCUCUCUAUGAAAUCAUAUUCAGAUGUAUCUCUUGAUAUUUCUAUGUUAACUUCGCUAGGGAAAGUGAAGAAGGAGCUUGAUCAUGAUGAUAACAGUUUACAUCUGGAUGAAACAACUAAGCUGCUGCAGGACCUUCAUGAAGCUCAGGCUGACAGAGUGGGAUCCCGGCCAUCAUCCAACCUGAGUUCCCUCUCCAAUACCUCUGAAAGAGACCAACAUCAUCUUGGAAGCCCUUCUCAUCUAAGUGUUGGAGAACAACAAGACAUGGCUCACGAUCCCUAUGAAUUUCUUCAGUCUCCGGAAACCUCAAAUGCCACUACUAACUAA